UCGAGGACUAAUGAAAGAAGUAAAUAUGGAGUCCCAAAUAGAGCAAAGCAGGCUUUCUCGAGCAGACAGAAAAGCUCUUGAGAAAGCCAAACUCAUUCAGAAGGAGACUCAGAGAAGUAAUUUCCAACUGGUGGCCAGGAUAUUAAAGAAACCCGAACGCGAGCGAACCGAAGAGGAGUGCGCUUUACUUCAGGGGCAUCAAGACACAGUGCAAGAGCUGUGCAAACGCCAGGCUCGGAGAAACAUCCUGAAACAGAAACAGGAAGAGCUCUUUGAUAAAGAGGAGGAUCUGAGGGCCAAAGUGAAGCACCUGGCCGAAGCGUUGCGUCAGGCUCGCCAUGUUGCCGUUUACACAGGAGCCGGGAUCAGCACGGCUGCUUCCAUCCCGGAUUACCGCGGGCCUAACGGAGUGUGGACUCAGCUGCAGAAGGGGCGCGCUGUCAGGCACUCUGACCUCAGUGAAGCAGAACCGACUCUUACUCACAUGUGUAUCCAGAUGUUACACAAAGUCAAAUUGGUUCAACACGUGGUUUCUCAGAACUGUGACGGUCUCCAUUUGCGCAGCGGGCUUCCCAGACACGCCCUGUCUGAGCUGCAUGGGAACAUGUUCAUCGAGGUGUGUGUGUCGUGCUCUCCGGCUCGAGAGGUGAUCCGUCUGUUCGAUGUGACCGAGCGCACGGGGCUGCACAGACACGCUACAGGCCGGCGGUGCUCUCACUGCGGAGGGGAGCUGAGGGACACAAUAGUGCACUUCGGUGAGAGAGGAACCCUGGAGCAGCCGUUAAACUGGAAAGGCGCAGCCGAGACCGCAGAGAUGGCCGACCUCAUCCUCUGUCUCGGAUCCAGUCUGAAGGUCCUGAAGAAGUACGCAUGCUUGUGGUGCAUGAAAAAAACGGCUGCUAAGAGACCGAAGCUAUACAUCGUCAACCUUCAGUGGACACCAAAAGAUGACUUGGCCACUCUGAAAAUACAUGGAAAGUGUGAUGAUGUGAUGCGUCUCCUGAUGGAAGAGUUGGGAGUUGGAAUUCCGACCUACAACAGAUCCGAUGAUCCCAUCUUCAGCUUAUCCACCCCUCUCAGGCCGGACGAAGAGGACAGCCACAGCCGUAAAACUUUAGCGCCCCCUGCUGCUUCGGAGCAGUCCGAGUCCAAUUCGGCGAGUCAAGCCAAAGAGCCGGGGGUACAGGGUGGCUGGUUUGGACGAGGCUACUCCAAAGCGAGGAAGAAAAGAAAAACUACAUAGUGACUUGUCUUUUCGCUUCAGGGUAGCUUUAAAGAAACAUUCCAUCCACAAUCCAUAUUAUUAUGAUUAUAUCACCAGUCGAGAUACUUUGGAAUAUUAUCACGAGACAAUUCAGAAACUUGGCUGCCUAAAAAUUAUUUACUAAGCAGAAUGCCAUGAAAUGCCAUGAAGGAUAAUAUACACAGACGUUUAUAC